UGUCUCAGAAAAAUCGAUGAGCUCAAUGGAAAAAUUGACCUCGGAUCUACAAGCAGAAAGACAGAAACUUGCGUUAUAUGAGAAGAAUUUAAGAGUAGCCGUUGAAAGCUGUAAAGCACUGAAAGCAGAGAAAGAAAACUUGGCAAAUAUCAUUGCAGGAUUUGCUUGCGCAGAAGUUAAACCCGGCUCAACUGACAUCAAUGAUUUGAAGCAGAAAAUUGCGGUUUUGACCAAGGAAUUUCAAGGGAAAGAAAGUGCGCUAGUGCUUGCAAGAAAUUCGGUGUUGAAAGAGAACCAAGAACUAAAAAAACGAUUGGCAGAGGCGGAAAGUGUGCCGAAUAGUCUGGCAACAUCAAGAAAUGGCGAUUGUAGUUUUCAUGUGGCGGAGCUGGAACAAAAGCUUCGGAAGGAGAUGUCAUUGACAAGAAAGUAUGAACAACGACUACAGCAGCUAGAAAGUCAACUAAAAAAUAAUUCAGCAAGUGACAGCAAAAUGGAGCUUGCCAACAAGCAACUAGAAGCCGAGCGUGAGCAGUUCAAAAAACUCUACGAAGAUGCUCAUGGACGGUCGAUAUUUCUCGAACGGAAGUUUACAUCACUUCAACUUGAUCAAAAACGAGACGAAGCAGAAACUCCAAAAGUAGUUGCAGCUGUGGAGGAUGACAUCAAAAUUGCCAAGCUUGAGAAUCAAAUUAUGAAUCUUUCGAAACGUUGUGAUGAUAAAGAAGACGAGUUGUCAGAGCUGUCAAGUAUUAUAACUCAAAUCAAGGGAGAAAAUAUGGUAUUAAAAGAGAGCCUCGAACAAUUGGAGAAAAAGCGAUCUUUAUCACCUGUGGAUGAAUUCUGGUUUCGCGACGGCAUGAGUGACGAGUAUGAGAAAUUUAAAAAAGAUAACGGCAAUCCUUUGGAGUUUUGCUGCCCAACUCUUCGUGAUGAUGUCCUGACGCUUAUUGACAAAGCAGUCGAAGAUAAUGCAAGAUCUGACCAAGUGAAACAGCAGCAAAUACAGAUUACAAAUCUCGAGAGGACUAUCCGUGUUCUGAAUGAUAAAAUCAACUGCAAUGACGUUUUUCGAUCGGAUGUGGAGGAAAAACUCGACAAGUUGAAAGACGACAUUUCAUCCCGAGAACGUGAAAUUAAUGCACAGAAGGAAGAAGUCAACAGAAUCAAGGACAGCCUGAGGCUAGAAAAAAGUAAAAGAAACGAAUUAGAAGAAGAAGUGCUCCGUCAGCGGCGGUGUGCCCAAGAAGAAAUCGAGUCGAGAGAUCAAGAAAUUGAAGCAUUCCGAAAAAUGCUGGUCACAUUGCGACACGAGAAGAUGGAACGAUCACAAAACCCAAGAAAAAUCUCGAGGCACAAUCGAUCAUCAGCACACGACGAGGAGUCUGCUCGUAGGAGGAGUAGAACAUUUUCACAAGAUGACACUGCAGUGCCAAAUGAUCCGGAUUCUAAAAAUGUUUAUUAUGAGAAUCAGCUGUCGAAGAAGGAUUAUGAUAUUCAAGAGCUUAGACGGCAACUUAUGGAUGUUGAGAUACGUCUCCGAGAAAACGAGUCUGUAUCAAUGUCCCGCCAACUUGAAUCAGUUGCUCACAAUGAAGAAAUGACGGAGAAGGUUCGAGUGUUAGAAGGAAAACUUCAAAUGUUAUCGUCGACAAGCGAAAUCGACUACCUCCGCAAUAUUUUCACCCAAUUCCUGCAUUCGAUGGGAUCGCCGAAUGCCGCCAGCAAGGCCAUCUUGAAAGCAAUGGGCAGCGUGCUUAAAGUUCCCAUGGCCGAGAUGAAAAUUAUUGAUAAAAAAUAGGGAGCGAUGCUUAUCACGAAAUUGAGAAAGACGAAACUUUUUUUUUUCCUCGUUUUUUUUUGUUCGCCUAUUGUGUGUAGAUAUACCAUUCGUUAUCAAGAAAAGAAACUGUAUAGCUCGCGGGUUAAAUUUCUGUCUUCUUGGUGUAUUCAUUUUCUGGUUCAUAUCACAUUUUCCUCUACUGUGACUAUAAUUUUUUGUACCAUUUUUUCCAUUGUCGCUUCGUUAUUGGAAUUGUAAUUUGUCUAAUCAGAAACGUUUUUUUUC